AUGCGCCGCGUGUGCGAGGAUGAGCAGGAGCACGACAUUGCCGUGGACAAGUACGGGCUGGGCUCUGAGGUCGUUUUGCGGUCCAAGUGCCAGAAGCCGAUCCACUGCGAGCUGACCGAGUGGUACUACCCGAAAACCUGCACGAAAGAGAAGAACGUGGACUACUCGAAGCACUGGAAACUGAAGCGGCUGAAAAACGACGAGGUGCUGGAGCACAGCCGGGGGCAGGCCACGACGUCGCGGGGCCACCGGCGCAAAGUGCAGCGGUUGGAGGAGUGUCGCGAGAUCUGCCGCCGUUCGGAACUGUGCGAUGCGUACGCGUGGUGGAGGUUGGAGGCCGCGGCCGAGGAAGACCAGGGAAGGUGCAAGUUGCUGGAGCGCCGGGACGCGGACUCGCCGGGCGACUUUUUGGAAAUGUGGAAUGCGGACGUGAUCAGCGGGGUGUGCAGUCAGCC